AUGGUUCAAUCGAGUAUUAUAGUUCCUACACAUAGCAGUACAGCUUCAAAUAAAAGAGGGGUGGAUGACUCUAGUGAUAAGGAUAAAGAAGUAGGAUCAAGCUCAGAACUGCAGAUCAAGAGACCACGAUUAGACAUGACUGAAGCUGGUCGAGAUCGUAAUAAAAGGCUCUUUGGUGUUUUGCUAGGAACACUCAAUAAAUUUAAAGAUGAUACACAAAAUACAAGCGAAGUGGACAAAAGACGAAGAGAAAUCAACCAAAAACUUCAAGAAAAACUUGAUUUAGAGAAAAAAGCAAUGGCUGAAAGAACAGAGGCUCGAAAACUCGAGAAAGAGCGAAUGGAGCAGAUGAAGAGACAAGAAGAAGAGCGAAUUCUUGCCGAGAAAAGGGAACUUUUUGAAGUACAACAGAAGAAAGUGUUGGCUAACUUUUUGAAAACAACAACGGAACCAGUUUUGUAUUAUUUACCUAGUAAAUUAACUGACGAAAUGUCAAAAACAAUAGACAUGCAAACACAAGAUGCAUUGACAGCCAAAAAGAGCUUUGAAGAACGUCGAGAAAGGCGUAUGAUAGGAUUAAGAAAUGAUAGCUUAUCAGAGAAUGAAGACGAAGAUACCUAG